AUGGCUGUUCGAAACGCAUACUCAUUAUACGACGAACGAUUAAUGUGGGAAUACGUUUUUGAGAAACUGCAAGAUGGAGAUGAAGCCGCUUCUAAACCAAAGGGUUUAAAGUUAUGGAAAAAAUUUGAAGCGACUCAAAAAACCAACAAGACAGCCUCAUCACUUGCUACACAUUUUCGCAAGGCAAUGUACGAUCAUAUCGAAGAAGCCAAAAUACCGGUGGAGCAACAGUUAUACAUCGCAAGUCAGCUCGACCUACAACUCUCGAGGCGCCAGCAAAAGAUGAUCGAAUAUAAGGAAAAUAUUUUGAUCACCACAAAUGAUUUUGGUAUUGUGACUAAAUAUGAAAAAGAAGGAAAAGAAUACUAUCCAUCCCUGCUUAAAAGGAGAAUUUCACGGGAAGACGAAGAUAUAAAUGACAAAUUAGGUUACGACGCAUUUGAGCUAAAUGGAUCUACGUCGAAAAUCGCGAAACUCUCGCAAAGCCCCGACAGAAGUCCUAUAUCAGUACCAUGUUCGGGGCAUUAUAAUUUGCGAAAACGAAUGAACGUUGAAAACAACAGGCCGCCUGAAAUUCAUAAUUCGGAAGCAGCCGAAGCUAUGGACUUGGUGCCUGAUAAUAGUGAUUGUAAUGGUGGUGGAAAUGAAGACCGUAAUGAUGGUGGCAAGCAAAAUGAGAUAAUUCACGUUAAACGGAUGUUAGAUGACAAGAAAGAAAAUGGGUGUGAGCAAAAAGAAAUUUGCGAAAAUUCGGAAGGAAGUGCAAAUGAAAAGCAGUCAUUUUCAAAUAAAAUUAAUAGUCGAAGAAUAGGCGAAAGUAAGAAAAUGCUUUGCGUAGAAGAUGAACUGCACAAUUUUUCAAAAGAAAUUGAUAUGAAUAUAUCUUACUCGAAGAAUGAAAUUGGUGCUCUAAGUUUCCGCAGCGAAGUCUUGGGGAAUCAAGCUGAAUGUACAGGGACAAUUAAAGGAUCUGGUGUCAGCCAACGUGCGGAAGUUGCCAACAACAGAAAGAAUAUGAUAGUAGAAAACAAUGAGUUUGGUAUGAAAAUGAUAUCAAAAGAAAUCUUGAAAACUGUUGCGUGUAGUAACACAUUAGCCGCAACCUUCGAGAAGAAAGAACUAUCAGCCUUCGAGAGUAUUAUUGAUGACGAACUGAAGCAAUUAAUUGCUUAUAUUCUGAAUAAGCGACAGCUUAAGGGUGUUGAGAAAAUGAAAAUGGAGAAAAUAUUAGAGUUACGUGCAGAAGAAGCGAAACGAACUGGAAGUGAUUUGAAGAGUUACCUCAGAAAAAUACAGCAGCGGAUGAUUUAG